AUUAUUGUCUCGUACCCGAAGGGCACUCCGCCUUGGGUGCUUGACCAAGCAAAGAAGGCGGUUCUGGAUGCAGGAUCACUAAUCACCUGCAUGAUAGACGAAUACACCUUGAUCAAAGGAUUUGCUGCAAAGGUGCCCGCGAAAAUCAUGGACGAGAUUCGCACCCUAGGCGCUGAUUACAACGUGCUCAUCGAACAAGACCAG